AUGAACCGGAACAGUACCCCCGAGGCGAGUGCCGCCUCGUCUCUGCGUCCGCCUGCGUCGAGGACAGUCGGAGCGAACAACAACCACCACCUCCGAGCCUCAGCUGACAUGGCCGCGCUGGCCGGAAAUGCACCCUCGAGCCGCAUCCGUCCCUCCUCGGACUUCUACGGCCAAUCCCAGGGUCAAGGGCAAGGCAGCAUGGAUGCGGAUCCCCAGGACAAAAUGACACAGCAGUGGAUCGCCGACAUCGACCAGUACGAGACUACAUUGGAAGAGAUGGCGGCUGCGACUUUGGACCAGGACUUCAAGGAUGAGCUGAGUGCCAUUGAGCAAUGGUUCCGUGUCCUCUCUGAAGCCGAGCGCACCGCCGCUCUUUACGCCUUGCUGCAACAGACGACCCAGGUCCAGAUCCGUUUCUUCAUCCAGGUCCUACAGCAGAUGGGUAAGAACCAUCCCAUGUCGGGCGUUCUGUCACCGGCCAACUUCGACAAGGAUCCUAUGUCUACCCGCCUAAGCGAUGCCAUGAACAAGCUGAACGUUACGUCGACGAGGAACUCUAUAUCGCAGCCGCAGGCAUCUGCCAAGAGACAAUCUGGCCUUGAUCCGUCGACCAUCAAUGCCAUGUUCCCGGAUGCCGCCGCUGCCAUCGCCACAGAGAAGGCCAAGUUUACACAGCAGACGGGCAACCAACCACCUUCUAACCGAAACAGCACCGCCGCUGAUGUGCGCAAUUCCCUGGCUGCCCCAACGAUUGCGGAAGAAUCUAAUGGGCAGAAUCCGAGCUCACCGUGGGGAGAAGGGUCAGCGAGACCUAAAUCUUCCUCCGGGCAGCCGCCGAUGGGUCAAUUUGUCCAGCCACCGCCUUCUGCUGGCCUGAGAUCUCCCCGAGCCUCCAACCUCGCGAGCAACUCCAAUAUCCAGAACACCACCCUCAGUGCGCCCGACAAGCAAGCCUCUGAACUUCCCCUACUUUCGCCGUAUGGUGCUAGCGGUAACUGGGCAUCCAUGGUGAAUACGCCCAUGAUGCCGACCUUCAACACGAACCAGGGCCCCAACCAGGCCGACAUGGUGGCCAAUGCGACCGCCAUGAAGCUCGCUGCAUUGUCUACCGUCAACAACCGGUUUGCGCUAGACGACGUCCGAAAGUAUCGACGGGCCAGAUCCAACGAUGCGCCAGGGGCUCAGAACCCACUCUCGCCUGGUCUCCCAGGUGGCAAUAUGCCGGGUACAAAUGUUGUCAUGAUAAACGAGCACGGUCAAGUUCUGACUAGGGAUCAGAUGCUUGCCUUGCAGAACCAGCAGAGCAUGGGCGGUUUUGGUGGUCAGCGCUCGCGGCCCAGCUCCCCCGGCAUUGCCAUGCAGACUGGAUUUGGACAUAUAGGCUUUGCUUCUCCCCAGAACAACGGCUUCUUGAGCGCGUAUGACCAGAAUGCACUGCUAAACAAUGGACUCGGCGGAGUCGGCAUGGGCCAGCUUGGUUUGGCGCCCGAGGGCUACCUGUCCGACCACUCGGAUAUGGCACGGGGCAGAUCGCCGCGUGGUCGUCGCGGGAGUUCAAAGCCGCCAGAGGAUCCAACUGAUCCAACUCUCCUCCAAGAUAUUCCAUCGUGGUUGCGAAGCCUGCGGCUACACAAGUACACCGAUAACCUGAAGGACAUGAAGUGGACCGACUUGGUUGAGCUGGACGACAAGGCCCUAGAGGAGCGCGGUGUGAAUGCACUGGGUGCACGUAGAAAGAUGCUCAAGGUCUUCGAGCAGGUCAAAGAAGCCAAAGCAGACGGCAAGCUUACGGGCUAG